AUGUCUUUGGUGUUGUCCUCAAGCCGUGCGCGAAUGAGGCUAGGAAAAGGAAUGUCAUUUUUACACUCAGGAAAUUUUAUUCGCAGUUGGCCCCGCAGGUUCUCAACGUCUGGCGCACUUGCGUACUCGGGUGUGACCAGCAUUUUAAUACUUUCUUUCGCGUCACCGUGCUGGAGGCAGUGUCGCUGGAGUGUCCUCUCCAGUGGUGUGAGGCAGCUCACCUUCACCGAAAGAAGGUAGAGUCAAUGCCUUGGCGAAAGAAUGUGAGGAGCAAUCUGUUGCCCAUGUAGCGGGCUCCCUCUCCCCACGCAGCUGAUGGAUCCAAAGAAGCGGCAAAGACUGAUCCGGUUGGCACCAGCGGCGUCAACACAACACGUAGAGUGUGCAGUGAAGACUAAGAAAAAGACCCAAAGGAAAGAAAAGGACGAAGCAGGAACUAGGAAAACAACCGUGAACACAAAGGAGACACAGCCGAGACACUCCUUUGUUUGGAUCCUGAAGCAUAACAGAGAGAAAAAGAUCAUGCUUCACAACUCUGCAGUUCAUACGUAUAUACAACCAACACUCACGAAGGCAGGAUUUGCCCUCAGCCAAUCAGAAGGUGCGAUUCAGGGUUAGCCACGACUCUCCCAUGCAGGCCGACGAUAACGUCCCUUAAGUCGGCUGGAGUACGACCUUCGUCUGAUUCGCGGCCAGGACUUUAUCUUUCCCCGAUCUCCAGUGGAUAUGUAAAAAAAAAAAAAGUAAAUAAAAAUAA